AUGGAUUAUGAGAUUUUGGGACGUAAUUUGCCGGUCUUCGGAAAUCCGGUUCACCACUCCGGAAAUCCAGCCGAUUAUCGAGGGCUGAAUGUAAAUGCCGGUCUUCAGAAAAACAAACCGGAACAUCGAACACCUGAAAAACCGACUUCUGUUUUGGCGCAGGCAACACCUUCCGGACGUCCUGGAGGGCCGUCGUCGCAUUGCGUGGUUAACCUCGUCUCACAGAACUUGACGCCGAUCAAACUGAUCACUCCAUAUGUUAACAAGUGGCGUAUCUGUGGUAUGGUGACAGCAAAAGAAGAAAUGCGAACUUUCAAAACGGCUCGCAAAGAAACGCGAGUGUUUAAUUUCGAGAUAACCGAUGAGGAGGGUGGCUGCAUACGUAUCGCUGCAUUUGACGAUGUUGCUGAUAAAUUCUUCUCAAUUAUCCAGAAAGGCGCG